AUGCGGACUCCCCAGUGGAUCUGGAUAACAGCCGCAUUCUUCCCAAUCGCCCACACAACCCCAACAGAACCCUUCACACCAGCAACAAACGCCGAAACGAACAAACGGGCCUUCGACGUCCUCCGCCUCCUCCGCCGAGCAGACGAUGACAGCAACUGCCCCUCAGGCUACAACCCCUGCACAGACCUGGGCAACUCAAACGCAUGCUGUAAACAAGGCACGAACUGCUCAAAAGAUGCGGCCAACAACAUCGCCUGCUGCGCGACCGGCGCAAGCUGCACAGGAAGUCUAACAGGCACAACAACCGCAACGACAGGGACAGGAACGAGCUUCAUGUUCCCGCAGACUGCAUCGGCGACCGCGACGAGCGAGGGAACGUCAGCAACGGACUCGACGAUCGACGGCGCUUAUCCGUUUAUCGCUGUGCCGACUGCGUUUAAUAAUCCGCAGUCUUGUUCCAGUUACUACUCCGUCUGUCAGUCUGAGUAUACGCAGUGUACUGGGGCGUUGAUGGGGCGGUAUGCGGUUACGAUUGGGAAUACUGAUGGGGCGGGGAAGACGGUUCAGGCUGUUACGGCUGCGUCGCAGGCUACUUCUAUUUGCUCGAGUUUGAGUGUUGAGGCUUGUCAUGGGAUUAAUCUUGGUUAUUGUGGUUCUGUGGCUACGCAGACUGGGGGGUCUGGGUCUGAUACUAGUGAUAAUGCGGCUUCUGUGAGGACUACUAGUCUGACGGAUCUUGUGUUAGGGCUUGCUGUUGGGUUUGCGGGCAUGUUUAUAUGA